AUUGUCAACAAAUUCUCAUCCACUACUCUCCAAUUAAACAACGUCACUGGACUUUUCAGGAGGUGUCCUCUACUGGAUUGCUCUGGAUUUUAUAUCUGCUAUACGUCUAUCACCUUUUUUUUUCUCCCUCCCUUAGCACGGCGGAUCGCCCGUCCGCCCUCGUCCACGAUGGGAAAAUACAACCUCACAGCUCUCCGGGUUCGCCAAACCGCACUCCAACAAAAAGCUGCUGGAAAGACUAGGAAACUUCCGCAAUGGGUCGAUGUGAUCCGCGAUAUCCCCCCCGCCCAGGUGCUUGUUCGCAAUCAGCCCCAGGAACACCAGCUUGUACGACAGCGCGUCAAAACCCCCUCCAGUGCCUCGAAGCCGCAGGUCGUCUUUGAGGUUCAAGAGAAGCGUGUAAAGCCAAAGAAGACCAGUCGCAUGUUUCAACCUGUCGAAAUUAAGUUUGAGGAAGAUCAGUUGCGUCGGAAGUUCUUCCGGGACCAUCCUUGGGAGCUUGCAAGACCCCGAAUCCUUCUCGAGAGCUCCGGUAAGGACUUCGAGCGAUAUAACUGGCAGCGACUUCAGCAGCCAGGCAAGAAAUUGGACGGCGAGAGUGUCGUUCAACGACAACUGUGGCUCCUCAACAACGUGCCCGAUAUGACUGAGAGCGCUGCAUACGAUAUUGCGCGUCAGGAAUUCUACCGACUCCGUCUACAGGAGGACAUUGAACGACGAGUAGCUGCAGAGGAGGCCGAGGCAACAGGAGCGGUCUUCGGGCCCACGCGCCUUGAGGUCGGUAUGGAACUUGAAAGCCGGGAAUACGAACGUUGGAAGCAAUGGGCGAAAUUAGAGGCCCAGCUACAAGACCAGAGGGCGGCGGCUUUCACUGGUGCCCCCGAGAUUGCAGCAGCGAGUGAGGGCGCGCUCGAAGAGCCUGAGGAUGCUCCGCCUCGGGCAUAGGUUUCCGGAGGUGAUGUGAUUGAGGUGUUUGGUUUAAUUUGACGGUUUAUGUAUAUUAGUGGACGCUGUUUUCUUCCGUCUUUGUAUUUCCUUUUCUCGAUCAUGUACAGAAUUACAAGGCUAGUGGCCUUCGGGCGGGGAUAUCCCUCCCUAGAACCUACAGAAUAUGAUAAAUGGGCAAAGACCAGG